GAAGACAGCUCUCACAGAAAAACGAUGGACAUGAUGAACUGAAGGGUCCAGUUUGGACAUUUUAGCGUUUUCUGUGUUUUUACCGCCCCAGUUAAUCCCACCAGUCGCCAGCCAUGGUGUUUGAAUCCCUGGUGGUGGAUCUGCUGAACAGAUUCCUGGGUGACUAUGUGGAGAACUUGGACCGUUCCCAGUUGAAGCUCGGCAUAUGGGGAGGUGAUGCAGUGCUGGAGAACUUGGAUGUGAAGGAAAAUGCCCUUGAUGACCUGGAUGUGCCAAUCAAGAUCAAGUCAGGACAUUUAGGGAAGCUGACUCUGAAGAUCCCAUGGAAGAACCUGUACAAGGAUGCUGUCGUGGCCACCCUGGAGGGGCUGUAUGUGGUGGCAGUUACCUCUUCUGGGAUGAAAUACGAUGCGGAGAAGGAGAGGAAGAUGAAACAGGAGAGCAAGAAGAAAGAGCUGGAGCGCAUCGAGGAGGCCCAGAUCAAGGAGGCAGAGAAAAACAAAAACCAGGACAACAAGCAGGACACUUUUGCGGAGAAACUGGCGACACAGAUUGUUCGCAACCUGCAAAUCAAGAUCCGAGACAUCCACAUCAGAUACGAGGACACCGUGACCUUUCCGGGCAAACCCUUCUCUGUAGGGGUCACUCUGCAGAACCUUUCCUUCCAGACAACUGAUCAAAACUGGAAACCCUGCAUAUUAAAGGACAGUGACAUUAUUAUAUACAAGCUUGUUUCCCUGGAUGCCCUAGCUGUCUACUGGAAUGUCAACUCUCCUUCCUUUGCCAACAAGGACAAAAAAGACUUGCUGAGCACAAUGAGGAAAACCAUCGCCUCUACACAGGCACAGCCCAAAGGGUUUGAGUAUGUAUUACGACCGAUUGUCCUGACGUCACAACUCAAGAUUAACCCCAAGCCUGAGACCAACCUCUCCAUGCCCAAGGUGUUCGUCAAUGUCACUCUCAAGGAGAUUGGUCUUGUGGUCGGCAAGAAACAGUACCAGGGUGUGAUGGAGGUUUUAGAGUCUUUAGAACAGAUGAGACUGAAGGCCAUCUACAGGAAAUACCAUCCCAAUGUGCGCCUCAAGGGAAAUGCCAAGAAAUGGUGGGGAUUUGCCCAGACUGCAGUACUGGAGGAGACUGUUAGGAGGCGUGCCCAGAUGUGGUCUUGGAGGCACAUCCACAGCCACAGGGAAAAAUGCCAGAUGUACAAAAGACUUUACAAGCAGCGCCUAGUCCAGAAAAAGGCUUCAGCAGACCUCCUCAAUCAACUAGAGGCCCUGGAAGAUGACCUGGAUAUUUUCAACAUCACUGUCAACAGACAGCAGGCAGAGAUGCAGUUAAAAGUCAAUCGCCUAAUGCCUGAACAUCAUAAUUUAGCAUCCAAGCUGCCCUUCAAGGUGAUUCGGUCAGGGGCAGUCAUCAAAGCCAAGAAGUCAGCAUUCCAGGAGGAAAAGGAGAAGAAAGGAUUCUUCAGCUCUGGUCCGUCGAGCUGGUUUAGCAAGAAGACAGAGAAACAAGAAAUCAAAGAACCUGGAGACCUGAUGUCAGCAGAAGAGAAGGCAAAGCUGUACUCUGCCAUCGGCUACAGCGAGAACCCCACAGAAAUUACUACAUUCCCGCCAGAGUAUGUUGAGAACAAGCUGAUCUUUACUUUGGGUAAGGUAACAUUGGAGAUCCAAGACAAAACACGUCGGGAGCCCCAGAUCCUGGUGGUAUCACUAACAGACAUGUACACCUGUGUGCAGCAAAGACCAUCAGCCCAGGCAGUCAUGUUGAGCCCAAUCAAAGAAAGGAAGGUUCCGCAACAUGUUGUACUGCAGACCGCUGCGCAUAAAGCCAGGGAAAUAGUAGCAAAAAGUUACUGGGUUGAAGCCAAGAUGGACCAGAUGUCUGUGUAUGGCAUGCCCCAGAAUGGACAGAUACCAGAGAUGGUGGCCUCCCAAAACAUCCUUGCUGACCAACACUAUGCUCUUCUCAGCCUGCACAUUGAGACCAAUCCGCUAGAUGGCAAGGCUGACACACGGGUGGAGGUGAACGCCCAACCCUUGCAGAUGGUGUAUGAUGCUCAAACAGUGAACUCCAUAGUCGACUUUUUCCGACCACCUGAAAACGUUCAUCUCCAAGAUCUGACCUCUGUGGCCAUGUCCAAGCUUGAGGAGUUUCGUGAACAGACAGCUACUGGCCUGCAGCACAUGAUCUCUGUCAGAAAAGUCACGGACGUGCAUGUGGACCUCAAGUCAUCAUACAUCAUUCUACCACAGAAUGGCUUCUACACUGAAGGGCAGUCCAAUGUUGUUGUUGUUGACCUUGGCUCAUUCCGUGUGGACAGUGUAAAGGACACUCUACCUGCACCUUUAGCCAAAGCAAAGGACUUGUUCACUAGGGUGAUUAAAAACCGCCUCUCUCGGAGGAAACCCCCCCAGCCAGCUAGAUUGCUGGGCACAGUGGAAGAGGUGAUGAGCCGUGCGUACGACAAGUUUGACAUCCGGGUUCAGAGUGUACAGGUCAUCUUAGCUGCCAAAGGUGAAGACUGGAGGACAGCCAGACAGGAAGCUAACACUAAGCUGCAUGUUGUACAGCCCAUGGGCCUGGAUGUGCUGCUGCAAAAGUGUAUGGUGGACAACGAUGUCCGAAUGCCAAACAUCAAGGUUUCUGGACACCUUCCCCUGAUCCAGCUGAACAUGUCGGACAAGAAGUUACAAGAAAUCCUCAGUCUUGUACAGAGUAUCCCCCUUCCACCACCUCCCGCUGCCCCCCAGCAGACAGCACCUGAACUGCAGGUUCCGGUGCGUCUCGCCGUUGAUGACUCUUCCUCAACAAACGUGUUCAAGGUCGUCAGCAGCAUGGCAGUGGGGAAGGUCGCAGAAAGUGAGAGUGAGGAGUCAAUCUACCUAUCAGCAGAAGAAGACUUCCACACUUCAGACUCCUCAGGUGGGCAGACCCCAGUGGGACUUGGCAGGCUGCCGUCACAAAAGAGCUUUGAAGAAGGGCAACAGAAGACUGAGUUAGAACUUCAUUUUGAGAUCAAGGAGGUCAUCAUAAACAUCUCGAGGCUACAGAACAAUGUCGACAUGCAGCUGUUGAGGCUGGCAGUUCAGUCUGUGGGGGCAGAGGUCAGGAAGAGAACCUGGGACCUGUCUGCACAUGCCUUCCUGGGGGGGAUAGGGCUGCAGCACAUGCUGUUUAAAGGAAUGGAUGGUGGACCAUUAAGUAUGAUCAGUACCCCAGCCACUGGAGGGACCUCAGCACAGCUCCUCAGUGUCCAGUAUACCAAGGUUGAGAAGUCAAGUCCUGAUUAUGCCACGGUGUACAACAGCACGGAGCAACUUCUCAAGGUCAACUUCUCCACCCUCAAGGUCGUGUUACAUCGCGAUGCUCUGGUGAACCUGCUGGACUUUGUGGACAGUCUGAAACCAAGUGUGGAGGAUUCUCAACUGUCCUUAGGACCAGAGAAGGAGGAAGAAAAGGGAGAUAGGGAAAAGAGCACUUCAGAAGCCAUCUUUGCUGCCUUUGCUGCUAAGGGAAAGUGGAAGAAGAAGAAGGAGCAGACAGAUGAGAUUGACAUCCAGAUCGAUGCCCGGCUGGACACCCUGUCUGUGGUUGUAUGUACAGAUGAAGCUACUCUGGCUGAUGUACAGAUCAAAGGUCUUGAUGCAGGGGUUGUUGUGCAAAAACACAUGACUACAGUCAACACACAUCUGAAGGACAUUGUUGUGCAGGAUCCAACACGUAACUCUCUCUACCCAAAGAUUCUGUCCAUUGUUGGAAAGGAGGUGUUUGCCCUGAACAUUGUCGUCUACAAUGAUGCGACUAAAGGCCAGGGUUACAGGGACAUGAGUGUGGUGGACACCAGUGUAGGCCUGCAGGUCGGCUGUAUCAGAGUCGUCUUCCUCAACAAGUUUGUAGAGGGCCUGGUGGCGUUUGGGAAUGAGUUCCAGGCUGCCAAAGCUGCUCUGUCAGAGGCUGGUGCUCAAGCCACCCAGGCUGCCCUGGAGAGUGCCAAGGACUUCUCUAAGACCAGCACCAGACUAGCACUGGACAUCUCUGUCAACGCACCUGUCAUAGUCAUUCCACAGUCUUCUACAAACAGACAAGCUCUGCUAGCUGACCUGGGAAAGCUGACAGUGCAGAACAGUUUCCGCAUCAGUGGAGAUGCCAGUAAGGAUGUGCCUGCUGUCUUAGACAGCAUGAAGAUUGACCUGACAGCAUUAAAGAUGUCCAGGGGACUGAUGGAGAAGGAUGAGUGUAAGGCAGAAAUCCUGCUGAUUGAACCUGUCAACCUCCGCCUAUCCAUCACUCGGAACCUCGCCGCUGGCUGGUAUCAUGACGUACCGGAGGUCGACAUAUCAGGAAAACUGGAGACUAUCAAUGUGAGGCUUGGCCAGGAUGACUUCACCAUGAUGAUGGCCACUCUAGAUCAGAACCUGAAUGAGGGGAAACCUGCUGCAGUUCAGCCUGAGUCACCACCAGAGGGCGCUAUGGAGUUGAAGGUCCCUGGAGAACAGUCAGAUACUUCCAAAGCUGAGGCUCCAAGGGUUGCCUUUGCUGAAGUCUGGACCAAACUUCAGUUCAAGUUUGAGUUGGAGAGUCUGUCAGCAGCUCUACAUACAGGAAAGACAGAUUUGAGUUGUGCCUCUGGUGUUUGUGUGCGAGACCAGAAGACCUGCCUGGGCAGUUUCCUGCUGCACACAAUACAGGUAGAAGGGAGGAUGCAGUCUGAUAACUCCAUGGAGACACGUGUGGCGCUGGUCGACAUGACGCUAGACGACACCAGACCAGGGAGGGAGCACGGCAUCACAAGUGUAGAAGAUGAGUUCCAUGAUGUAAAAAGUCAUUUUCCCUAUUUCAGGAUGUUUCAACGAGCUUCACAAGGAAGCAACUCCAUGGUCAGUGUUGACUUUGUCCAGGACAACAAGCUCAACAAGAAAAUUGAUGUGUGUGUGGAACAGAUCUACCUGUGUGUCUGUCUGGAGUAUAUACUGUCUGUAGCAGACUUCUUCCAGAAGGGGCUUCCACAAACUGGAACCAAAACACUGCCUGCUCAGUCAAAACCAGACAUAGAUGAGCUGACUGCAGAAACACUGUUUGAAGAGAUUGCUGCAGGUUCCCUUGCUGAAGUCUCCACUAAGCCGGAUGCCCCUGAGUCUGACCUUGAGUUGAACUUGAAGAUGGGACGCCCCGAAAUCAUCCUCAUUGCAGACUCCAAGACUAAGGACCAACCAGCACUGGUGUUGGAUACAGUCUUGAUCAGUCAGCCUCCUGGUACAACAACAGUGGCAGACAUGGAGGAGACGGAAGUUCACUUCCAGAUGAAGAUUACUCCAGAGUUCCAGAUGAUGGCCGGGAGUGUGAAGGAUCUGCAGAUCGUUUCCUGUCCUUUUGAGAAGAGCAAGAGAAAAGGCAAAAAUAUGAAUAUCCUGCACCCCUGCUUCGUGUCCCUCCACAGUAAGACCCCCCAGGGACAGGGCAUGCACAUUGACAUCACCACUAGUGACCUGGAGCUGACCAUCUCUCCUCCCAUCAUCAGGACCAUCACAGCCAUCACUGCAUCACUCACGCCGCAACAGGCUGAUGAGAAUGGAAAGAAGACCUCUGCAGUUCCAGUUGACCUGUGGUGUAUCAAGAGUCUGAAGGAGUGCAACUUCUGGUUCCUUCAACCAGCUGCCAUCGCUGAUGUAGCAGCAGUCCCUGCACUGGAGAUGAUUGACAUGCCCAGCACAGGAGAACAGUUGCUGAUGAAGGUUCCCAGUCUGCUGGUGAAACUGGAGGCCAGUGUGGGCAGCAGAACUGUCCCCAUGUUGGUGCUGGAGGCUAGCUUUUAUUCUGAGGUCAAGGACUGGUCUGGAAAGCUGCAUGUAACAGCAGAGUUGAACAUGGAGGUUGCGUACUACAAUGACUCACUGACCGUGUGGGAGCCACUCCUCGAGCCUGUGGAAGAUGGUGGAAAACGACGACCUUGGGAACUAAGUGCAGAGGUCACCAAGAAUGUUGAGGACGAUGCCAGCCCGCUGACCUCUCCACAAGGAGAGGCAGACUUGGAGGUCAUCCCCUCAGCUCCGCCCACCAUGUCAAUCAAUGUCAAGUCCAGUGAUGUCAUGAACAUAGUUUUCAGUAAAGCUCUCCUAACCCUGCUGACCAACAUGGGGAAGGCCUUCAGUGAGGCUGUGUAUGAUACGUCACCUAAAGUCAGUGAGGAAGAGAUGCAUUCUCCCUUCAUGGUGAAAAAUGAGAUGGGGUGCAAUGUAACCAUCCACCCAGGGCCCACUCUGCAGCUUGUAGCAUCAGCGAUGCAGCCUGCAGGGAACCGCCUUGCGGACAGCCAAACCCUGUACAUGGAAGCAAGAAGAGGAGUUGACAGCGGGAUGAAGAAGUCCUUCUUAGCCAAACAAGACAACAUUAUCAGACACACAGUUUCUGUUCAGGUUCAGGGCUAUGAUGAACUGAAGGACAUCCCUAUCUACAAGGCAGGCAGGAGACUGUACAAUGUCAGUCUGACAGAGAACAAAGCAGUGAUGUCCAUCGUGUGUCAGAUCAAUGCCUCUGAUGGGUCCAAGACUAUCACCUUCAGGUCACCAUUGCAGGUAUACAAUGACUUUCCAGUUGCUAUGGAGCUCUUGUACAGGGAUGACUCCAAUCAACUGGUGUCACUUGGUACGAUCCAGCCCAGGUCAGAGUUCAGCGUACCCUUGACUGUGGCCUACAGGAGUGAAAUCUACUGCAGGCCUAUGGGCAUGGGGUACCAGGUAUCCAGUACCAGUAUUCCCUGGAGAGAGGGGCUGACUUCCCAUCAGAAAAUCAGGUCCACCCUGCAAUGUCUGCCUGAUAACCCAGGGAACCCAACUUUCUACACAAGUGUGGAGGCAGUGAAGGAUGACCUAUCGUGGGUGGAAGGGACGGCUGUUAGCGCCCCCUGCUUUGUACUGCACCUGAGGCCCACCGCAGUCCUACACAACAGACUGCCUUACCCACUCUACUAUCUCAUGCAGGGUGAAAAGGGUGCAGCUGAGGAGGCGGGGCUAGGGCCGGGGCUUCACUGUCCCCUCUAUACUUACAGCACCACUGAAACUGUCAUGGAGAUACAGGUGAAGAACUACCUGGGAAAAGAAUGGGUUGGAAAGUUAAACAUCAGUAACAACAUGCAAGAGUUGUCUGUCUGCACAUUUGAGGGGUAUGAAGGCCAGCAGAAAUACACUCUGGACCUGGGCAUGCUGGCGUCUCAGACAGAAGGGUUCCUGGACCUGUCAGUGUUUUGUCCAUACUGGAUGGUGAACAAGACUGGCCUGACCUUACAGUACAAGUUUGCUGCUGAAGAGGCAUCUGAUGAUACUGCAGUCAUGAGUCAUCCUCCCAACCAACAAGAUGUCGUCUUGUUCUCGUUCAAACCAAAGAGCCUCUUUGCCAAGAAAAAGGCCCUCCUACGAGUGGACUCCCAGUCAGAGUGGUCCGACAAGUUCUCUGUAGAUACAGUCGGCAGUUCUGGCUCUAUCACCUGUAAGGCUGCCAAGGGUACGGACAUCAACUACGAGAUUGGUGUAAAGAUCCAGCUAAGUAACUUCAGUCUGACCAAACAAGUCAUCUUCACUCCACAUUAUCUACUGGUCAACCAUGCAGAGUUUGACAUCAGUGUGCAGGAGGAGGAGGGUCAGGAGUGGCUGGAUGUACCUGCAGGGAAGUGUACACCAUUCUGGCCGAAGCCCAAGUCUCAGAAGUUGCGAGCAAAGCUGACGGCCUCGCCCCCUGGCCAGGACACCACCGAAAACUUCCAGUUCAAUCAGGAUAACAACGGAAUACUUCUCAAACUUGUUAAUGAGGUAGGAGGAAUCUUUGUAGACAUCCAGGUUUCUGAGUCAGCCAACAUCAUCAGCUUCAGUGGGUACUCCCCAGGGGCGGCUGCUGUCCUCAUAGUCAACCACACAGCAAACAACCUCAUCCACUACGCACAGAGUCAGCAGAAGAAAGAGCAGACCUAUGUGCUGGCCCCCCAGCAGGCAGUCCUGUACACAUGGGCAGACCCCACAGGAAAGAAAGAACUGCUUUGGAACAUAGACGGCAACGAGAAACAUAAUGGCAAGGACAAGUUGAUCAAGGAUGGAAUAGGAGAGGUGAAGCUGUCAGGUGACCAGAAGCUGUACUGGGUGUCAUUCCUGGAUGGCCUCCAGAGGGUGCUGCUGUUCACUGAGGACCUGGCCGUCACCACCAGGGCUCAUGAGGCUGACUUGGAGAGAGUAGAACAAGAGAUCAAUCUGCACAUCCAUGGACUUGGGAUCUCACUAGUUAACAAUGAGACCAAGACAGAGAUAUCCUACAUUGGCAUCACCAGUUCGGGUGUGAUCUGGGAGGAGAAGCUACGGCGGAGAUGGAAGCCGCUGUCGCUGAAGAAGUGUAACCUACUGGAGGAGGCGUACCGCAAGAACCAGAUCCUCCUCAGCAUGGGCAGGGAACCAAUCACAGGCCCUCAGCAGCUGGACUCUGGGUUUCAGGUGGAUGUAUCUGAGAUGCGGAUGUACAAACCCAACAAGAGGAACGUCCGACGUAUGUUUGAGCCGGGUAUCUGGGCACAGGUCAAGAUGUCCUGUCAUCAACAAGCUCUGCAUUUCAAGGUCAACAGGCUACAGAUUGACAACCAGCUGCCUGCCUGUGUGUUCCCCUGUGUCCUGUACCCCAUAGCUCCGCCCAAGUCAGUCGCCCUGGACAGUGCUCCUAAACCCUUUACUGAGCUGAGUUUGGUGAUGAGACAAGAAGAACACAGCCAUGUCAGACAGAUCAAAUACUUCAAGGCUCUAAUGCAGGAGUAUGCUGUGAGUGUGGACCAGGGCUUCCUAUCCGCUAUUAUACAGCUCUUCACUACAGAUCAAAAACACAACCCUGACCAAGAGUUGGAGUACUUCCAAGAAGACAUUAAAGUGUCCCAAACCAGCCUGAUGGCCAUGAUGGUAGAAGGUGCCAUUGGUGAACAGAAAAAUUUCUAUGACGACCUUCAUUUGGGCCCAAUCAAGGUCCAUUUGAGUUUCUCGCUACACGGAGGGGGUGAUGACAAAGCAGAGAAGACAGAUGAAGAAGAGAAGAAGAAGGCUCCGGCUCCUGGGAUCCACUUCAAGGCUCUGAACCUACUGCUACAGAGUGUGGGAGUUACACUGACAGAAAUACAGGAUGUUGUGUUCAAGCUAGCCUUCUUCGAACGCAGAAAUGCUUUCUACAGCCAGAGUCAGCUGACUGGAGUCAUUGUCAAACACUACUCUUCGCAGGCAAUCAAGCAAAUGUAUGUGUUAGUACUGGGCCUUGAUGUCCUUGGAAACCCCUUUGGCCUCAUCAGGGGCCUGACUGAAGGGGUAGGGGAUCUCUUCUAUGAGCCUUACCAGGGAGCAAUUCAAGGUCCUGAAGAAUUUGCAGAAGGCCUGGCCCUCGGAGUGCGCAGCUUGGUCGGUCAUGCCAUUGGUGGCACUGCUGGUGCAGUGUCCAGGAUCACAGGUACAGUGGGGAAGGGUCUGGCUGCCCUAACCAUGGAUGAUGACUACCAACAGAAGAGACUACAGCAGAUGAGCAAACAGCCACAGUCAGUACAGGAGGGCCUGGCACGAGGAGGGAAGGGGCUGCUCAUGGGCUUUGUUGAAGGAGUCACAGGGGUAGUCACCAAACCUGUGGAGGGUGCCAAGAAAGAAGGAGUUGGGGGAUUCUUCAAGGGAAUGGGCAAGGGACUUGUGGGAGUGGUGGCACGACCAACCGGAGGAGUCAUUGACUUUGCCAGUAGCACCUUCAACACUGUCAAGAGAGCUGCAGAGGUUGGGGAGGAGGUACAGCGCCUGCGCCCCCCUCGACUUAUCUAUGAAGAUGGUAUCAUCCGACCAUAUGCCAUGAGAGAGGCCUCGGGCAACCAAGUCCUACAGGAUGUGGCCAAGGGGAAGUAUGCAGCCACAGACACCUAUCACUUCCAUGCUGUACUGUCAACAGAUGCCAAGGAGGUGUUCCUUAUCACCAAUCAGCGAGUAGUGUACUGCAGCAAGGGGGACAUCUUUGGCCACUGGGACAGCGACUGGGCCUACAGGUUUGAUGAGUUCAGGGAGCCUCCUAGCCUGGUAGAGAAGGGCAUUAAGAUCCUUGCCAAGGAAACUGCGGAGGAAGAGAAAAAGAAGAAGGAGGGCAGACAGCUUGUAAAGAAACCAGCCUUCCUCAAGAGCCCCACUGCUGGGAAGAUCAUCAACUUUACAGACAAGAAAUUUGCACAGCGCCCACCCGGGGAGCCUGAUGCCAGGCACGUCCUGGGAAAACUGAAGGAAGCCAUGGACAAGUUCAGCGCACCGAAAUAGGAACAUCAGCCGUUCUGAGCACCUCAGUAGAACAUCAGUCCACUGCAUCAAACUUGCACCAUUUCUCAUGGCAAGUGACAAUGGCAGUGUUGGCAAUGUAGAUGUUGUGUCAUAUAUCUAACAUUAUCAGGUACAGGGAACACAUAAACUAACAAUUCUGUGUCACUUUUGUCCAAUAAAUGCUCUGCUGUGAGGCUGUUUUUAAAAUUUGCACUGAAAGUAGAUACCUGAUAGAAAAAUGACCAGAUGAGAGAUGGCAUUGCCAUUUAGUAAUUUAGUUUGAUUUAAUUUGAUUUAAUUUUAUUGGUUCCCAUUGUAUAGAUAUUAUUAUAGGAGUAGCUUUCCUCAAGUAUAAAAAAUCUUCAUCACAUUGUCAUGAAAGUAUUUGUCAGGCAGUUCUAUAAAAAAGAUUCUGUGAUAGGUUACUAUUAGCUAUGCCAUAUGAUUUGAGAAUUUUUUUAUUUAAAUAAGGCUUGUGUUAUCAGUAAUGAGAAUAGGUAAAUGUAAUAUGCAAGUUGUAAUUUUAUGCUUUGUUUAAGUGGUGCAAAACAUUGGGCAUAUUGGUUAACUUAAAGACAUUCUUACCUUGUUUAAGGUGUUUGGAAAACACUGAAGAGGUAUGUUGAUAUAUAAUUAUAUCAAAUUUAUGUAGGAUAGGUCACUGGAUGGUCCUGUACCAUCUGAGAUAAUUUGUGCUGUUUAUUUGUGUCACUGAAUUCACUACUUGAUAAAACAGUUUAGGCUGCUAUACUAACAACUUAGGAUAAGUUGGGUGGAUGUUACUGUAGGUAUGUUAACUGUUCCACAAGUCCAUCCAAGUACAUGUUUUUUUUUUAAAUUGAAUGGAAUAUACCUUUGCACACAUAAAAUAUGACAAUCAGAAAAAAACGUCCCCUCUUGAACCUUAAUACAAGUUGAUGAAAUGUUACUGUCACUUUUAGCCCUUAGUACUUGACAGCUGCCUACUACAUAAUACCUGGAUUGGUUCCCUGAAGAAUUAGGAUGACUAUGUGUAAAGUUUAUCUUCAUUCUUUGUUUCUAAUCAAGAAGUGCAUAUUUGCAUUGAUGGUAGGAGAUAAGGUUAUAACCUCAACAAGUGUUAAAAUUUGUUGUAUUUUGCCCAUGACUGUGCAAAAUGUAGAAAAUGUUAUUUUGAAAAUUGAAAAAAAUAAUGCUUGGCAUACAUUUCAGGAUAUCCACUUCCUUUGUCAUAUCUCUUAAAUGGAAUAUCAACAGUGAUGUUGGUUAUUCAACAUGACUUUUAGAUAUGCACAAUUGCCAGCUUCUAAUAUAUAACUAAAUUAAAGUUUGUUUGGAAAAUUAUAUGACAAGAUUUGUUUAGCUACUGCAAACUUAAAUAAAUGACAAACACAAAUGCAAUUUUAUUGCUUUUGAAUACUCCAUCAAAAUACUAAACCAUGUGUUUAGAAUCCAUCUCUUUUUAUUUUUUCUGUCUCUGAAGAUUCCACAAGUUGUUGAAAGUAUGAUAACUUCUAUCCUACCAACUAAAACAUAGUUGUAUUAUGAAAAUCCUUCUCUGCACAUGUCUUUUUAUGGAUUUAUAUUGAUGUAUAAUGAUACAUACACACAGGUACCUGUGAAAGCAAUGAUGUCCACAACUCUAUUAUACCUCUGUAUUACAAUUUACAGAUGAGAAAAUUGAGUUGAAGCUUUGAGUGGAAUUGAAAUGUUGCAAUAAGAUGCUGAUAUUCCUUUAGCAAUAUAUAUAGCAUCUCUAUAGAGAUGGUUUCCAUGAUCAAUUCACAGUGUUAUAAAUAAAGCAAUACAUGCUCAUUGUUGUUAUCUAUCUUAAGAUGUGUGCUAAAUAGGUGAGAUAUAUCAGAUGCAAUGAAGAUGUGUCAUGAUGAAAAAGAAAAAAUGUUACUAUUGAAGAUUUCCAUGUCAGCUACUGUUGUCUUUGAUGAGCAUGAUUGUGUACAAACGUGUGUUUCUGUGGAAAGCUACAAAAUGGACGUUAACGGUCAUUAAAAACAGCUGGAAAUGUACACACUUGCUGCUGAGUAAUGUCAAGAUAGCUGCUAUGGUACAACCAUUGUCAUUAGAUGUUACUGUAUACUUGAUGUUGUUGCAGAGUAACUGAACUUGCCUUCAAACUGUUGUGAGAACUUGGUGGCUGUUCUGUUUAUUAAAUGUAUGCUUGCUUUCUUUCUUGGUAUAAGUGUCUUGUUCAUUACCUUUGCUUGAAAUAAAGACAAUGAAAAGGGUAUGUAUAUGAAUAAAUGGAUGGAA